AGUCGCCAGUUGCGUCUACGUCACUGCUGCUGUGUUCCCCAUUGUCCACAUAACAUGCUGCUAAAAGGAGAACUGCCUCGUUGCCUGUAGUUAAAACCGAACCACAGAUGGACCGCAGUUUGAAGCGCCGGCAGGUGAAGCCACUCACUGCCUCCCUCUUAGAUGCCUUGGAUUAUGACAGCUCAGAUGACAGUGACUUUGAAGUGGGAGAUGCCUCAGGAUCAGACGGCACAGGCAACGGCAGUGAUGAAGAAGGCUCUAAAGCGAGUGCCGCAGGUUCAGAAAGUGAGUCGGACAACGCAGCCUCUGCAGACGACGGUAUAGACGAGGAGGAGGCCAAAGAGUUGGCCGCCGAAGACAACUUAACGGAGGACGACGAGAAGACUGAAGAGAAGACCAAGCAGCCGCCUUCAGCAGACAGCCCAACCAAAGACAACCCUGCUGUCACUCCUCCUAAAAGCCGGCGCAAGAGCAAGAAAACAGCCGAGGUGGAGCCCGCUCCGCCUUCUGAGUCUGCCUCAACGUCAGUUCCAGCCAGUGUGAACGCUGACGAGAGUCAGGCCGAGCCCAAGAAAUGGAAUUUCCGCAGGAACCGUCCCCUGCUGGACUUCACCACCAUGGAGGAGCUGAACGAGAUGGACGACUACGACAGCGAAGACGACAAUGACUGGAGACCCACGGCAGGGAAGAAGAAAGGCAAAGCAGCUUCCCAGAAAGGAGACGCCGAGGGAGAGGAGGGUGGCGGCGCCAGUGAUGACGACGAUGAUAACGACGACGACGACGACGAUGAUGACGACGACGAUGAGGACGAUGACGAUAAGGAGGACGGUGAUGACAACAACAGUAGCAGCGACAGCGAUAAAGAGGGGAAGAAGCCCAUGAAGAAGCCGAAGAACACCAGCAAUUUUGACGAAGAGCUCACCAAUGACAGCAUGUCCCAGGGAAAGGGCAAUGAGGAUGCCUUGCUGGACCGAUCGCAGACCUGGAGCACGCAGCACAUUCUCAUCUGCUGCGUCUGUCUGGGAGACAACAGCGAGGACGCUGACGAGAUCAUUCAGUGUGACAACUGUGGGGUGACGGUGCAUGAAGGAUGCUAUGGCGUGGACGGUGAGAGCGACUCCAUCAUGAGCUCAGCCUCGGAGAAUUCGACCGAGCCUUGGUUCUGCGACGCCUGUAAGAACGGAGUGACUCCGAGCUGCGAGCUGUGCCCCAACCAGGACGGCAUCUUCAAAGAGACGGACGCUGGGAGGUGGGUGCAUGUGGUUUGUGCACUUUAUGUUCCCGGAGUUGCAUUUGGAGACAUUGAUAAACUACGACCAGUGACACUCACAGAAAUGAAUUAUUCAAAAUACGGAGCCAAGGAGUGCAGUUUCUGUGAAGACGCGCGGUUUGCCAGGACCGGCGUGUGCAUCAGCUGUGAUGCGGGAAUGUGUCGGUCCUACUUCCACGUGACCUGUGCGCAGAGGGAGGGACUCCUGUCUGAGGCCGCAGCAGAGGAGGAUAUUGCCGAUCCAUUUUUUGCCUACUGCAAACAGCACGCAGACCGCUUUGACAGGAAGUGGAAAAGGAAGAAUUAUCUGGCCCUGCAGUCCUACUGUAAGGUCUCCCUGCAGGAGAGAGAGAAGCAACUCACUCCUGAAGCUCAGGCCCGGAUCACGACCCGCCUGCAGCAGUACAGGGCAAAGGCAGAGUUGUCCAGGAACACCAGGCCUCAGGCGUGGGUGCCACGGGAAAAGCUGCCUCGUCCUCUCACGUCCAGUGCCUCAGCCAUCAGGAAGCUGAUGAGGAAGGCGGAGCUGAUGGGCAUCAGCACCGACAUCUUCCCCGUGGACACGUCCGACACCAACGCCAGCAUGGACGGACGCAGGAAACACAAGCAGCCCGCCCUCACGGCAGACUUUGUCAAUUACUACCUGGAGAGGAACAUGCGAAUGAUCCAGAUCCAGGACAACAUCUCUGAACAGAAGAACUUGAAAGACAAGCUGGAGUGCGAGCAAGAAAAACUGCACGUGGAGUACAACAAGCUCUGUGAGUCCCUGGAGGAGCUGCUGAAUGUGAACGCACAGCUGCGCGGUGAUGGCCAGGCCAUGUGGACUCUGAUGGGGGGAAUCGUUGGUCAGAAACUAAACACUCCAGCUGUCCUGAAAGCCCCAAAAGAGAGGAAGCCCAGCAAGAAGGAGGGAGGAGGAACCCCGGGGAAGUCUUCAAGUCUGCCAGCAAUCCUCUACAGCUGUGGCAUCUGUAAGAAGAACCAGGACCAACAUCUGCUGGUGUUGUGUGACACCUGUAAGCUCUACUACCACCUGGGCUGCCUCGAGCCACCACUAACACGCAUGCCCAAGAAGACCAAGAACAGCUACUGGCAAUGCUCAGAGUGUGACCAGGCCAGCAGCGACGAGGCCGACAUCGCCAUGGAGACGCUACCGGACGGCACCAAGAGGUCCAGGAGGCAGAUCAAAGGGCCGAUCAAAUUCAUCCCGCAGGAGAUGUCGCCGGAGCCGAAGAAACAACAAGUGAGAGGCACGAGAACAAGAGGACAGAAGAGGAAGAGAGUUCCCAUGUGUGAGGACAAAGACGAUAAAAUAGAGGAACCACUGCCGCGGGAACGCCGUCAACGGCAGUCUGCAAUGCAGAAAAAACCCAAAGCCGAAGACACGAGGACCGAGUGUACAACGUGCAAAGGACCAGGUGACAACGAAAACCUCGUCAGGUUGUGAGAGCCGGGGCAGCCACCUCACCUCACCAUAAAAACUCGGGGGACAGAAGACCGUUGGCUUAGAGACAGAGAGAGGCAAAUUGAGGCGUUUGAAGAAUGGCGCUCGGGGUCAGGCUGAAGGACCGAGACCGUCCCGUCCUGCACCGUCCAGCAACCAACUCUGAUCCAAACUGGAACCAACAACAGAAUAUUGAAUGGAACUGUCUGAAUCUUAAAUUAUGGAAUCACAAAAGGUUGCUUUGGACCAGUAAUGUUUGAUUUGUGUUGGACAACAACACUACAAAAUAUGCUUUUUUUGUUGCUUUUUUUGAGAACUGUAGCUGCAGUUGCAUCUAUGCAAAGGUCUUCACUCGACUACAACACUGUGUCACACUUUAUUUCGUUCAACAAAGUAAGAGUCAGCCGAUAGAUGCAACUGUUCCAUAGAUACCUCUUUAAAUUAAUUGAGUCAUGUUAUCUAAAUGUGUUGGGAUAUUACAUUAAAUAGUGAGGGAUUCUUCUUGGGAAAGGGUCAAAUUUCAACGCAGCCACUUGUGAUUGGAUCUCUCAGGAUGGAAGAUAAUAGCAUGUCUUUGAUGUUUUAGAUUGUGUUGAAAGAAUGUGGCUGUUGUGUGUAAUUAUUUGGUCCAAGGCUGAUGAACAUCUGAAACCCAAUUUUGGAUUAUUUCCUCUGCGGGAAAAUAGUGAAACCGAGAUGUUUACACGUCAUGUUGCAGACGGUAUGUAAGUGCACCGUGACGGUCACAGAGUUUUAAAAUUCUGCUCCAUUUGACUUUGGACUCCUGAAUCAAUCCUCUCUAUGCCUCUAGGUGCUUGUCUGCUUCUAGCAUACAUGAUAAAACACACAACAGAGAUUGUGACCUGCCCGCUAAAAAACUUUUCAUCAGUGCCAAUCAGUAGUAUUGAUUGAAGCCACCCAAACACUCAGAAGAAGAAUUUCAGUGUGAAUUUGGUUAAUUAUAGACGCACUUGAACUUAAGCUUUCUAAGAUGUGAGUGUUGUUUUUUUUUGUUUUGUUUUUUUAAGUAAGUUCCAGACUGUUGGGGAAAAGUCUUUGUUUAUAUAUAGAAAAGCCCAACAUUUCCUCGUCUUAUCAGUUUACGCGGCAACGUUAUUCCGCCAUGAAGCAUCCGUAGUAGGUACUAGGUAGUGUAGUUAGUGGUUAUAGCACUUAAAUAUUAGUCCACAUGUCUCGCGUGUCUUCAGGCAUUCAGAAGUCUUCCUCUGUCUCCAUAUCGUCCAGCGACAGUUAAACUGACACGUCCUCAGAAAAGAAGCCCAGCUCUUGUCUCCAUGUCCCUGGUGGCCCAUAGUCAAUGCUGUCAAAACGGCUACUCGCUGCUCUGCCUGGGCUGAUGACGAGUGUCACAUUUUGCCCUCGUGUGUCACUUUGUUGCCUGCCCAGGCCUCAGCAUGCUUUUGGGAGCAGUCAAAUCCAUGCAGUUUGUAUCUUUCUUUAUUUUUGGCGCAUGUUUGCGAACGACACCACCACCAAGGCUUUGUCUUUAGAGACGAGGUGCUGUAUAAUUUGCUGACUCCUUUUCCCCGUCGCUCACAUCCAGUCGCUCUCAAAAGACGUGCGAGUCACGUCUCAAAAAAUGCAUGGAUGUGUACGUUUACCCAGAUCCCUGACAAUACUGGAAACACUGAAAACAAGUGGCGUGGUCUCGUAGAAUUUGAAUGCCGGUUAGCUCUGUAGUGCGAUGUAUGAAGUGUACAGUAUUUAUUUAAGGAGGGUAAAAAUGUUGUUGUUGUUUUUCUUGUAACUCCAUACUUGAUUAUACGAAUAUCUUAAAGGGCAUUCCAUAAUUUUCCACACGAGUCGGAGGAUGUCCAUUAUGUCAUAACUCACCCAUGUCGGUGAUGCUAUGCGCGGACCUCAUGUGUUCUAUAAAUUUGGCAUCCUGCACAGACUUUUGUGUCUAUUUCCAGGAAUGAGCCAAUACCCUUCUCUAUUCGGUCCAAUACUGGUUAAAAAACACAGAAUUUAUUAAUUGGAAAAAUGAAAAAUACAAAGUCUGAGAUGAAUUUUAAACCCUAAAUUUCACAAUAAUCCUGCCCUAAGCGGUCUGGAAUAAUGGCAUGGACUAAUUGAUUGACACUCGUGGUUUAUUUCCAUCGUUAUUGGACGAGAAAAAGUGGUAACAAGCCAUCACGACUCCUGGUACGACAAUAUAAUAGAAUUGAAUGUGGCUUUAGUCCAACUUUUGUUUUUAGUAUGACUGGAACCACACGUGAAUGUAACUCUCUGCGUACGCGAAGGUGGGAAAGUAUGACGAGGCCUCGCGCUUGUGUUGUGUGAACAGAGUUGAACUCUGAUUUGUGGUUUAGUCCCAGAGCCACUAUGGUGUUUUCUUUUAAUUGCCAAACAUUUGUUUACAGUUGUUUACAGACAUGCUUUGAGGGGGGAAUAUUGUGUACUGUGUUUCUGUGAUAUUGUAUGAAGUAAGAAUAAUGAAUGUUGCUGCUGUUGUGUGUGUGUAUGUAAAGUGUCUCAGCCUCUGGCCCUACAGCUCUCGGAAAUUAAGCGGAGCUUUAAUAAACUCUUGACUUUUUCACCUUA